ACGGGUUUUACGAGUAUAUAUAUUUGCAGAGAAAGAAGGAACAAACGGAGAUAGAGAGAAGGGAUAGAGAGAGAAGGAAAAGGCAGGGUAACAGAAGAAAUGAAUCGUCUACGUUCUUCUUCUCUCUCUAGAACGUUGACGCAUAUCUCUUUCUUUCUCUGUAUCUCCUUCGUUGCUGCUGCAGCCGGUUUUAAUCUUACGACGAUAGGAUUUGACGAAGGUUACACUCCUCUCUUUGGUGAUUUCAAUAUCCUCCGGUCAUCGGACGGAAAGAGCGUCAGUCUCCUCCUCAACCGCUACUCAGGGUCUGGGUUCAUCUCGUCGAGCCUCUACAACCAUGGUUUCUUCAGUGCUAAGAUUAAGUUGCCGUCCGAUUACACGGCCGGCGUUGUCGUUGCCUUCUACACAUCGAACGCAGAUGUGUUCGAGAAGACGCACGACGAGCUGGAUUUCGAAUUCCUGGGAAACGUUCAGGGCAAAGAGUGGAGGUUCCAGACCAACGUCUACGGCAACGGGAGCACCAACCGUGGACGUGAAGAGAGAUACACCCUCUGGUUCGACCCGACCCGUGAGUUUCAUCGCUACAGCAUCCUCUGGACCGCCAAGAACAUCAUAUUCUACGUUGACGAGGUUCCAAUCCGAGAGGUUGUGAGGAGCGAUGCGAUGGGUGGGGACUACCCAUCAAAGCCCAUGGCAUUGUACGCGACGAUAUGGGACGCUUCAAACUGGGCAACCGCCGGUGGCAAGUAUAAGGUGAACUACAAGUACGCUCCCUUUGUUUCCGACUUCUCCGACCUGGUUCUGCAGGGUUGUCAGUCGGACCCCAUCCAGGAGUUCUCCAGCACCAUCUGUGCGGAUGAGGAUGCAGAACUGGAGAGGGCUGAGUAUGCCGUUAUCACACCGGAGCGACGUAGAGCCAUGAGAGUGUUCAGGCAGAAGUAUAUGUACUACUCGUACUGUUAUGAUAUAUUGCGAUACCCCGUGCCUCCACCUGAGUGUGUUAUCACCCCGUCGGAGAGAAGGAGGUUCAAGGACACUGGUCGGGUGAAGUUCGGCAGCCGCCGGCGCCGGCGCUCCAGGCGGCCUAGCCGGCUUCCGGCUGGUGGAAACCAGGCUGAUGUGUAAUAUGGUUGAUGUGUAAUAGAGAAUAGAUGUUGUGUAGUUGUUAUUGGUUUCUUAUUAAAUUCUUUUCCUCUUUAUUUCUUUCA